GGUGAGGUCGUCGUCGUCAUCGGAUGAAAGUUUCUGGGAUCGAAAAGGACAACGAUGAAAUGGGCAACAUUGCUUAAGGACAUCAAGGAGAAGGUUGGAUUAGCUCAAUCCUCUGACGCCGACCCCUUUGCCGUUGACCUAACUGCUCAGCCGUCUUCUUCCUCUCCUCCUUUUACUUACGACUCCUCUCCUCUUCAUCACUUCAACUUAUCUCCUUCAAGAGAUUACCAUGAGUUGGAGCUGGACUUCAAGAGAUUAUGGGAAGAGUUCCGUUCAUCAAGCUCUGAAAAGGAGAAGGAGGCCGCCUUGAAUCUGACCGUGGAUAUAUUUUGUAGAUUAGUGAAGCGGCACGCUAAUGUAGAUCAGUUAGUUACUAUGUUAGUAGAAACACAUAUAUUCUCUUUUGUCAUUGGGAGAGCAUUUGUGACAGAUAUUGAAAAGUUGAAGAUCGGCAGCAAGACAAGGUCACUGGAUGUAGAGAAAGUAUUAAGGUUCUUUUCAGAUGUCACCAAGGAGGGAUUUAGUCCUGGUGCAAACCUCUUAACUGCUGUUGAAGUACUUGUAUCUGGGCCUAUCGACAAACAAUCACUACUGGAUUCUGGGAUAUUCUGUUGUCUAAUACACGUUCUCAGUGCACUUCUAGCAUAUGAUGAACUAAGCAGAAGUAAAAUAACUGCUGAUUUAGAAGAGGUAUCAGCAGAAAAAGAUGCUGGAUACAGGGUUCUCCAAACUAGACGACUUGAGGUGGAGGGUAGUGUUGUCCAUAUCAUGAAAGCAUUAGCAAGCAAUCCUUCUGCUGCUCAGAGUUUGAUUGAAGAUGACUCUCUUGAGUCGCUUUUCAAUAUGGUUGCCAAUGGCUCCGUUACAGUUUUUUCUCAGUAUAAAGAAGGUCUAGUUCCCCUCCAUAACAUACAGCUUCACAGACAUGCAAUGCAGAUCCUUGGACUUCUACUAAUCAAUGACAAUGGGAGCACAGCAAGAUACAUACGCAAGCACCAUCUGAUAAAGGUGCUCUUGAUGGCUGUCAAAGAUUUUGAUCCGAGUUGUGGUGACUCAGCCUACACUAUGGGCAUUGUGGACUUGUUACUUGAAUGUGUGGAACUAUCGUACAGACCUGAGGCUGGUGGUGUUAGGCUCAGGGAGGACAUACGUAAUGCACACGGUUACCACUUUCUUGUUCAGUUUGCCCUGAUUCUGUCUUCCUUGCCAAAAAAUCCGACUUUUGUGUCCAGUCGUUCAUCUAUUAAUCAGGAUAGUGGUUCAGAUGGCUCUGAAGUGUUUCCUGAUGGAGAAAAUACGAACAGUAGGGAAAAUGCUGAUUUUUCUUCACAAAACUUUGCUCCAUCGUUGUCAAGAUUGCUUGAUGUCCUCGUCACCCUGGCUCAGACUGGUCCAGCUGAGCCAUCUGUAGGGAGGGCCUCACGUUCAUCCCAAAUGAAGCCAACUGGGCAUAGCAGAAGUCGAACUUCAUCUGUUGACAGUAUAUAUGAUGAGACAUGGGAACAGGGAAGUGGUAAAGUUAAAGACCUGGAAGCUGUCCAAAUGCUGCAAGAUAUCUUCCUGAAGGCAGAGAAUAAGGAUCUUCAGGCAGAAGUAUUGAAUAGAAUGUUCAAGAUAUUCUCGAGCCACGUGGAAAACUAUAGAUUGUGUCAGGAAUUAAGAACCGUUCCAUUGCUUGUCCUCAAUAUGGCUGGUUUUCCUUCCUCGCUGCAAGAUAUAAUUCUCAAAAUUCUUGAGUAUGCUGUUACAGUUGUGAAUUGUGUUCCAGAGCAAGAAUUGUUGUCACUUUGUUGCUUAUUGCAACAGCCAAUUACAUCUCAGUUGAAGCACACCAUACUUUCUUUCUUUGUGAAGCUCAUAUCUUUUGAUCAACAAUAUAAGAAAGUCCUACGUGAAGUUGGUGUUUUGGAAGUCUUACAGGAUGAUUUGAAGCAGCACAAGCUUCUUAUCGGUCCAGAUCAGUAUAGUGGGGUCUCUAAUCAUUCAGAUCGGAAGCCUAGCUCAGGUAGCUUCAAAAAGCACUUAGAUACUAAAGAUGCCAUUAUUUCAUCACCAAAGUUGAUGGAAUCUGGGUCAGGAAAGUUACCUGUAUUUGAAGUUGACAACACUAUUACUGUUGGUUGGGAUUGUUUGAUCUCUUUGUUAAAGAAAGCUGAGGCUAAUCAGUCAUCUUUUCGUGCGGCCAAUGGCGUGGCGAUUAUUCUUCCUUUCUUGAUAUCUGAUGCCCAUCGAACUGGCGUUUUGAGGAUCUUAUCAUGUCUAAUCACAGAAGACACUAAACAGGUCCAUCAUGACGAAUUAGGAGCUGUUGUCGAUUUGUUGAAGAGUGGAAUGGUCACUGGUAUUUCUGGCCAUCAAUACAAGCUUCAUGAUGAUGCCAAAUGUGAUACAAUGGGUGCUCUAUGGCGUAUUGUUGGUGUUAAUGGCUCUGCCCAAAGAGUCUUCGGCGAAGCCACUGGUUUCUCUCUUUUAUUGACGACCCUUCAUACUUUUCAAGGGAAUAGAGAGCACAUGGAUGAGUCUGAUUUGACGGUUUACAUCAAAUUGUUUAAAUAUCUAUUUCGCCUUAUGACAGCUGCAGUCUGUGAGAAUGCUGUUAAUAGGAUGAAACUGCAUGCUGUUAUAACGUCUCAGACAUUUUAUGAGCUUUUGGCUGAGUCUGGAUUGCUGUGUGUUGAGUUGGAAAGGCAGGUUAUACAGCUGUUGUUAGAACUUGCACUUGAAGUGGUGCUUCCCCCAUUUUUAACAUCAGAGUCAACGGCCCUUGCUACUAUACCAGAAAGUGAAAACGCAACUUUUAUUGUAACAACCCCAUCGGGCCAGUUCAAUCCUGACAAGGAGAGAAUUUACAAUGCAGGUGCUGUCAGAGUUCUGAUCCGUUCAUUGUUGCUUUUUAGUCCAAAAAUGCAGCUAGAAUUUUUGAAACUUCUGGAAAGUCUUGCACGUGCCAGUCCAUUCAAUCAGGAAAACCUCACAUCAAUUGGUUGCGUGGAACUCUUGUUGGAGAUCAUUUACCCCUUUCUUGCGGGUUCAUCUCCAUUUCUUUCUUAUGCUUUGAAGAUUGUGGAAAUUCUUGGAGCGUACAGAUUGUCCCCAUCUGAGCUCCGAAUGCUGUUUAGAUAUGUUUUGCAAAUGAGGAUUAUGAAUUCAGGUCAUGCAAUAGUUGGCAUGAUGGAAAAACUAAUUCUCAUGGAAGACACAGCCUUGGAACAUCUAUCUCUGGCUCCUUUUGUAGAAUUGGAUAUGAGCAAAACUGGGCAUGCUUCUGUUCAGGUGUCCCUGGGAGAAAGAUCUUGGCCUCCUGCUGCUGGUUAUUCAUUUGUUUGUUGGUUCCAGUUUCGUAAUUUUUUAACUACCCAAGGAAAAGAAUCAGAAGCCUCCAAAGUUGGCGGUUCAUCAAAGACGCGCAUUACAAGUGCGCAACAACACGAACAGAACAUUUUCCGGAUGUUUUCUGUUGGUGCUGUAAGCAAUGAAAGUCCAUUCUAUGCAGAACUUUACUUUCAGGAGGAUGGUAUUCUGACCCUUGCCACUAGCAAUUCACAUUCUUUGUCGUUUUCUGGAUUGGAGAUUGAGGAGGGCAGGUGGCAUCACCUUGCUGUUGUUCAUAGUAAACCGAAUGCUCUUGCCGGACUCUUCCAAGCUAGUGUUGCAUAUGUCUAUCUUGAUGGAAAACUAAGGCACACGGGAAAAUUGGGGUACUCUCCUUCGCCUGUUGGAAAAUCUUUGCAAGUAACAGUUGGAACUCCGGCUACUUGUGCCAGAAUUAGCGAUCUGACAUGGAAAACACGCUCAUGUUAUCUUUUUGAGGAGGUGCUCACAUCAGGUUGCAUUGGUUUCAUGUACAUUCUUGGUAGGGGGUACAAAGGUCUUUUCCAGGAUGCAGACCUCUUACGCUUUGUGCCUAAUCAGGCUUGUGGUGGGGGCAGCAUGGCUAUCCUGGACUCAUUAGACACUGACAUGAAUUCAUCGUCGAAUGGACAAAAGUUUGAUGGAAGCAAUAGACAAGGAGAGUCCAAGGCAGAUGGCAGUGGAAUUGUCUGGGAUCUUGAGAGGUUGGGAAAUCUUGCCUUUCAGUUACCUGGCAAGAAACUUAUUUUUGCAUUUGAUGGAACAUGCUCGGAGUUCAUCCGUGCGUCUGGAAAUUUUUCCCUCCUCAAUCUGGUUGACCCAUUGUCUGCUGCUGCUUCUCCAAUUGGAGGAAUACCACGUUUUGGGCGUCUGGUGGGAAAUGUAUCUAUCUGCAGACAAAGUGUGAUUGGUGAUACUAUCCGACCUGUGGGAGGAAUGACUGUUGUACUCGCGCUUGUUGAGGCUGCCGAAUCUAGAGAUAUGCUACAUAUGGCUCUUUCAUUGCUUGCAUGUGCGCUUCAUCAAAACCCUCAAAAUGUGAAGGAUAUGCAAACCAUCAGGGGAUAUCAUUUACUAGCUCUGUUUUUGCGUCCCAAAAUGACCCUGUUUGAUAUGCAGUCUUUGGAGAUAUUUUUUCAAAUUGCAGCAUGCGAAGCUUUGUUUUCAGAGCCAAAAAAGUUGGAGAAUGGUCAGAGUAAUAUUAGUAUGCCACCUACGGAGACUAUAUUUGAAAACAGCUACGAGGAUCUUAGUCUUUCGAGGUUCCGGUACGAUAGUUCCUCAGUUGGGUCUCAUGGGGAUAUGGAUGACUUUUCUGUUCCCAAGGAUUCAUUUAGCCAUCUCUCUGAGCUAGAAACAGAUAUCCCUGCUGAAACUUCAAACUGCAUUGUCUUAUCCAACGCGGAUAUGGUUGAACAUGUCCUUCUGGACUGGACCCUUUGGGUAACAUCCCCUGUUUCCAUCCAGAUUGCUUUACUUGGUUUCCUGGAAAAUUUGGUUUCAAUGCAUUGGUACAGGAAUCACAAUCUUACAAUUCUGCGCAGAAUCAAUCUGGUGGAACAUUUGUUAGUGACACUUCAGAGAGGUGAUGUGGAAGUUCCGGUCCUAGAAAAAUUAGUCGUUCUGCUUGGAUGCAUCUUAGAAGACGGAUUCCUGACUUCUGAGCUUGAAAAUGUCGUUAGGUUUGUGAUUAUGACAUUUAAUCCACCUGAAGUGAAGUCACGAAGCUCAUUAUUGCGCGAGUCGAUGGGAAAGCAUGUAAUUGUGAGAAAUAUGCUUUUGGAAAUGCUCAUUGAUCUUCAGGUAACCAUUAAAGCAGAGGAACUUCUAGAGCUGUGGCAUAAGAUAGUCUCGUCAAAAUUAAUAACAUACUUCCUCGAUGAAGCUGUGCAUCCUACUAGUAUGAGGUGGAUCAUGACCCUUCUCGGUGUCUGUCUUGCUUCUUCUCCUAACUUUUCCCUUAAAUUUCGAACAAGUGGAGGUUAUCAGGGGCUGAUGCGGGUACUUCAAAACUUUUAUGAUUCCCCAGACAUAUAUUACAUAUUGUUCUGCUUGAUCUUUGGGAAACCUGUUUAUCCAAGACUACCGGAGGUUCGAAUGUUAGACUUUCAUGCUCUAGUGCCAAAUGAUGGAAGCCAUGUGGAGUUAAAGUUCAUAGAUCUGUUGGAUUCAGUGGUGGCAAUGGCUAAAUCUACUUAUGACAGGUUGAUCAUGCAAUCAAUGCUCGCCCACCAGUCUGGAAAUCUUUCUCAGGUGAGUGCUAGUCUUGUCGCAGAGCUUAUAGAGGGGGCAGAAAUGACUGGGGAGCUUCAAGGGGAAGCUUUGAUGCACAAAACAUAUGCGGCACGUUUGAUGGGUGGCGAAGCAUCAGCUCCUGCUGCUGCGACGUCUGUUCUCCGUUUCAUGGUUGACCUUGCAAAGAUGUGCCCUCAAUUUUCUACUGCUUGCAGACGUGCAGAAUUUGUUGAAAAUUGUGCUGAUCUUUACUUCUCAUGUGUCAGGGCUGCCUAUGCUGUGAAGAUGGCGAAACAGCUCUCUGUGAAGGCGGAAGAGAAGCAUAUAAAUGAUGUCGACGAUAGCGGCUCACAAGGAAGCUUGCCUCAUGAUCAGGAUCAGUCCACUAAAACCUCCAUCAGUGCUGGAAGCUUCCCUCAAGGGCAGGACUCAAGUAAAUCAUUACAAGAUGUUGAAGAUGUUAAGAAACAAGAUGAUCAUCAUGUCGGCCCUUCAGCUUCCAGUGAAAGGGACUUUCAAGAUUUUAAAGGUAAUCCACUUCAAGUUCAGGCAACAGAUUCUCAGAGCUCUGCAUCUUUCCCUAUGAUCGAGUCUCCCCUUUUAUCUGAAAAAUCAAGUCUCAAAGUCUCAUUCACUCCAUCACCAUCUCCGGUUGUUGCACUUGCAUCCUGGCUAGGCUCUAACUAUAACGAAUCUAACAGUUCUACCUUCGGUGGUUCUCCUUCCCUUGAAUCGUAUGUCUCUGUUAAUGAAGUUGAUGCAUCUUCAGAGCGAAAGUCAGGCUCCCAAGGAUCUUCGGCUGCCAAUGCAUUCUUCACAGUUAGCCCAAAACUUCUCCUUGAAACAGAUGAAACUGGGUAUGGUGGCGGGCCUUGUUCUGCUGGAGCGAGUGCCGUGUUAGAUUUUAUGGCAGAGGCACUUGCUGACUUAGUGACUGAACAGAUUAAAGCAGUACCGAUUCUGGAAAGCAUAAUGGAAAUGAUUCCUUUCUAUGUUGAUCCUGAAAGUGUGCUGGUCUUUCAAGGUUUAUGCCUUAGCAGGGUCAUGAACUAUCUUGAAAGGCGUCUCUUGCGUGAUGAUGAAGAGGUCGAGAAAAAACUGGACAAGGCCAAAUGGUCAGUGAAUUUGGAUGCAUUUUGCUGGAUGAUAGUGGAUCGUGUUUAUAUGGGUGCAUUUUCUCAACCCACUGGUGUUCUUAGGGCUCUAGAGUUCUUGUUAUCAAUGCUCCAAUUAGCUAACAAAGAUGGUAGGGUUGAAGAAGUCACUCCUUCAGGGAAAGGUCUUUUAUCGCUUGGAAGAGCAACGCGACAACUUGAUGCUUAUGUGCACUCAAUCUUGAAAAACACAAAUAGAAUGGUAUUAUAUUGUUUCCUGCCAUCAUUUUUGAUAACUAUCGGAGAGGAGGAUCUACUAUCCCAACUGGGUUUGCUUGUUGAAUCUAAGAAGAGGCCAUCUCCGAAUCCAGCUACUGAUGAAUCUGGGAUUGACAUCUCAACAGUUUUGCAGUUGUUGGUCGCAAACAGGAGAAUUAUAUUCUGCCCAAGCAACCUUGAUACUGAUUUGAAUUGCUGUUUGUGUGUGAAUUUAAUCUCCCUGCUCCUUGACCAGAGAAAGAGUGUGCAAAACAUGUCACUUGAUAUUGUCAAAUAUUUGCUAGUACACAGAAGAUCUGCCCUUGAGGAUUUGCUCGUCACUAAACCAAACCAAGGACAAAACUUUGAUGUUCUACACGGGGGUUUUGAUAAGUUGUUGACUGGAAAUCUACCAGAAUUCUUUAAGUGGCUUGAAAGCUCUGAUAAGAUUAUUAACAAAGUACUGGAGCAAUGUGCUGCAAUUAUGUGGGUACAGUACAUAGCUGGCUCGGCAAAAUUUCCCGGUGUCAGGAUAAAAGGCAUGGAAGGUCGACGGAAGAGAGAGAUGGGGAGAAAAACACGAGAUAUGUCAAAGUUAGACCUAAAACAUUGGGAUCAGUUGAAUGAACGAAGAUAUGCGCUAGAAGUAUUGCGUGAUGCCAUGUCUACUGAGCUUAGAGUAGUUCGGCAAAACAAAUAUGGUUGGAUACUUCAUGCUGAGAGUGAGUGGCAAACUCAUCUCCAGCAGCUUGUGCAUGAGCGUGGGAUAUUCCCAAUGCGUAAAUCCAAAGGGACUGAAGAUCCUGAAUGGCAGCUCUGUCCGAUUGAAGGUCCAUACAGAAUGCGCAAAAAGCUUGAACGAUGUAAGCUAAAAAUUGAUAGCAUCCAGAAUGUUCUUGAUGGAAAGUUGGAACUUGGAGAAAUUGAGCUUCCCAAAGUCAAAAAUGAAGAUGGACCAGGUAUUUCUGACACAGAUUCCGAGCCUGCUUUCCUACUCAGUGAACUCUAUGAUGAGUCGUUUUUGAAAGAGUCUGAUGAUUUUAAAGAUGUCGCUUCCGCCAGAAAUGGAUGGAAUGAUGAUAGAGCUAGUAGUACAAACGAAGCAAGUCUUCAUUCUGCUCUUGAUUUUGGUGGAAAAUCUAGUACAGCUUCUGUGCCCAUAACAGACAACACACAUUUGAAAUCUGAGACUGGCUCUCCAAGACAUUCCUCCUCUGCUAAAAUGGAUGAAACUAAUGGCCCAGAGGAAAAAUCAGAGAAGGAACUGAAUGAUGAUGGUGAGUAUUUGAUUAGACCUUAUCUGGAGCAUCUUGAAAAGAUCAGGUUCAGAUACAACUGUGAGAGAGUUGUUGAUCUCGACAAGCAUGAUGGAAUCUUCUUAAUAGGGGAAUUCUGUCUGUAUGUGAUAGAAAACUUUUACAUUGACGAAGAUGGGUGUAUUUGUGAGAAGGAAUGCGAAGAUGAGUUAUCCGUUAUUGAUCAAGCGUUGGGUGUAAAAAAAGAUGUCUCUGGAAGCUCGGAUUUCCAUUCCAAGUCUAGCACAUCAGGGACUACAACAGUGAAAACAGGAGCAGUAGGGGGAAGAGCAUGGGCAUAUGGUGGUGGUGCUUGGGGAAAAGAAAAAAUGUGCAUGACUGGUAACUUGCCACAUCCUUGGCGUAUGUGGAAGCUUAAUAAUGUUCAUGAAAUUUUGAAACGUGAUUACCAGCUGCGUCCAGUUGCUAUUGAGAUAUUUAGCAUGGAUGGAUGUAAUGAUCUCCUCGUGUUCCACAAGAAAGAGAGGGAAGAAGUUUUCAAAAAUCUGGUUGCCAUGAAUCUUCCAAGGAACAGCAUGCUCGACACAACCAUAUCAGGAUCAGCUAAACAGGAAAGUAACGAGGGAGGCAGGCUUUUCAAAUUAAUGGCGAAGUCUUUCUCGAAAAGAUGGCAAAAUGGAGAAAUCAGCAAUUUCCAAUACCUAAUGCAUCUCAAUACCUUAGCAGGACGUGGAUACAGUGAUCUCACGCAGUAUCCUGUAUUUCCAUGGGUUCUAGCAGAUUAUGAUAGCGAGAGUCUUGAUUUUUCAGAUCCAAAAACAUUCCGAAAGCUUCACAAACCAAUGGGUUGCCAGACACCUGAAGGAGAAGAAGAAUUUAGAAAACGAUAUGAGAGCUGGGAUGAUCCCGAGGUUCCAAAAUUUCAUUAUGGUUCUCACUAUUCAAGUGCUGGAAUUGUUCUGUUCUACCUUAUUCGCCUCCCACCAUUCAGUGCUGAAAAUCAGAAGCUCCAGGGCGGUCAGUUUGAUCAUGCUGAUAGACUCUUCAAUAGUAUUAAAGAUACUUGGCUAAGUGCAGCAGGAAAGGGAAAUACUUCAGACGUUAAAGAACUAAUUCCUGAAUUCUUCUACAUGCCCGAGUUCUUGGAAAAUAGAUUCAGCCUUGAUUUGGGUGAAAAACAAUCAGGAGAGAAGGUUGGUGAUGUCUUUUUACCUCCAUGGGCUAGAGGUAGUGUUCGUGAGUUCAUCCUCAAACACAGAGAAGCGUUGGAGUCAGAUUAUGUCUCAGAGAAUUUGCAUCAUUGGAUAGAUCUCAUCUUUGGGUACAAACAGAGAGGAAAGGCUGCAGAAGAAGCUGUGAAUGUUUUCUAUCAUUACACAUACGAGGGGAAUGUUGAUAUUGAUGCAGUUACCGACCCCGCAAUGAAAGCUUCCAUACUAGCGCAGAUUAAUCAUUUUGGGCAAACUCCUAAGCAACUAUUCCCGAAAGCUCAUGUCAAAAGAAGAACAGACAGAAAAAUUCCUCUCCACCCUCUGAAACACUCGAUGCAUCUAGUUCCUCAUGAAACACGUAAAUACCCAUCUUCUAUAAGCCAGAUCAUUACAUUCCACGACAAGGUUCUUGUUGCCGGAGCCAACUGUUUCCUGAAACCUAGAGGCUAUACCAAAUACAUAACAUGGGGAUUCCCAGACAGGAGCUUGAGAUUUAUGAGCUAUGAUCAGGACAAACUGCUAUCAACCCAUGAAAAUCUCCAUGAAAGCAACCAGGUCCAGUGUGCUGGUGUUAGUCACGAUGGGCGCAUUGUGGUCACUGGAGCAGAGGAUGGUUUAGUGUGCGUGUGGAGAGUAAGCAAGGAUGGUCCCCGUGGUUCACGGCGAUUACGGUUAGAGAAAGCCCUAUGUGCUCACACAGCUAAAGUCACAUGUCUACGUGUAAGCCAACCAUACAUGAUGAUUGCAAGCGGGUCAGACGACUGUACAGUCAUCAUAUGGGAUCUCAGUUCAUUGAGUUUUGUGAGGCAGCUUCCUGACUUCCCAGUUCCCAUUUCAGCAAUCUACAUAAACGACCUUACUGGGGAAAUUGUAACUGCUGCUGGAACUGUCCUUGCGGUUUGGAGCAUCAAUGGCGAUUGCCUUGCUGUGGCUAACACAUCGCAGUUACCAUCUGAUUCGGUAUUAUCAGUAACAGGCUCAACAUCUUCCGACUGGCUUGAAACAAGCUGGUAUGUAACUGGUCAUCAGAGUGGAGCAGUUAAAGUAUGGCGGAUGAUACAUUGUACUGAUCCGGUGAGUGCUGAGAGCAAAACAAGUAGUAGCAACAGAACAGGAGGGCUGAAUUUGGGUGAUCAAGUGCCAGAAUACAAGUUGAUUCUACACAAGGUGUUGAAAUUCCAUAAGCAACCAGUCACCGCCCUCCAUCUCACGAGCGACCUGAAGCAGUUACUAAGCGGUGAUUCAGCUGGACAGUUGCUUUCAUGGACAAUCUGCGAAGGUCUCGCGCCAGUCCUCGUGGUGGUCAAUGAUGUGCCUAAGCCACCGACUCUCGAAAUCAAUUUUAACCCUAGCUCUCAUGCGUCUUCAGCUCCUUCAUAUAACUUCUCUUCCCUAGGCCUUCAACCGAUUGAUCCUAGUCUCUCAUCUCUGAGAUGGGUGAUGAUUCGGUUAGGCGGCUCCUUCAGCUUCCUCCAACAAGAAUUCACGACCAGAUCUGGGUCAAGAUCUGAAAGGUCUACUUCCGAUGUCAGCAGAGAACCAAAUUUCUGCCAAAAGCUCUUCUUCUACAAAGACCAGAAGAUGAACACUAAGCUAUCACUUUCUCAGACCAAGAUCCUCACUUUCACAACUCGAUUCAACGAUACUCGAAGUGGCUUAGAUAGACGCUCAAGCAUUUCCCCGACUCUCAGCUCCAAGCCUGUCUACUCCGGUGAACUCAAGGCUGCAAAAGAGACCGCAAGAAUUGAGCCAUCGAAUACUAAGAAUGCCAGUAUUGAGGACAGCUUUUUCUCGAAAAUUGCAAUCAAUUAUUUAUCAAAGAAUCUUCAAGACGCAGCAGGGAUUAGUAGUAGCAGUAAGAGUACCGAUUAUGAUAGGUUAGUGGACACGGCAACAAGGGUUGCGCGUAACUUUGACACCAAGCAACAACAUGAGUUUGUUCUUAGCUCUUUGGACAGAGCGUUACCGACAGUGAUAAGCUCCUUGAUCAAAAUGGCAUUUCCACCUACAAAACUCUCGAGGGAGCUCUUCGCUCUAUUCACGACAAUAUCUUUCGCUUGGCUUGUUGGACCUUCAGAGGUGAGGGAGACUGAGGUUAAUGGAAGAAAAGAGAAGAGUGUUGUGUACAUAGAGAAGUGCAGGUUUCUUGAGCAGUCAAAUUGUGUUGGUAUGUGCACUCAUAUUUGUAAGAUUCCAUCCCAAAUCUUCAUCAAAAACUCACUUGGAAUGCCUAUCUACAUGGAGCCCGAUUUUAAUGAUCUUAGCUGUAAGAUGAUGUUUGGUCGGGAGCCUCCAGCGAUCGAAGAUGAUCCUGCUAUGAAACAACCAUGCUUUGAAUUCUGCAAAUCAAACAAAAGCUAUGGUGUGAAGCAUUAGAGCUAGUACUAGAGAGAUUAGAUAUAAUUGUGAUAUCAAAACAUAUUUAAGUUUUUCUUUUAAAGUUAUACCAGAGAUUACAAUUACAGAAGCAAACCUCACAAAUGCCCCAAUGAAUAUUUGACCCAAGA